AUGUUAUCCAUCCGCAGGUUUUCUAUGUUUGCUUUAAGAUCGGUACGGCUUCACAUUAAGAAAAUAGCUAUUAUUCUUGUGACGGUUCAAUUGCUGUUGACUAUCAUAUAUGUACUAAACGGCGGUUUAUCGAUUAUUGAUGGUGGCUGGAAGUCAUUUACUUCGUCGUUUUUUGAACCGUUCACUCAUACUACCAGAAACAACUUUUACGCUAAUUUUGAUUUGAGAUCGAAAGACAAUGUAGUCAGACUAUGCGAGAAGAUGAAUUUUGAUACUUCAGGCGAAUGGAUAGACACGUAUACCUUGAAGAAUAAUCUUCUCACUGUGAAGAUGGGCGCUGAAAAAGGACAGGUUCUGAACUCGGUAGAAGAUUUAAGAUACUAUGAUAACGAUCCAAGAUUGAUCUGGUCAGUUGUCCUAGACCACUUGUUAGAAUCUGACUCCAAUGAAUACGCUUUUUCGUGGUAUGAUUGGGCUAAUUUUGACUCGAUAAAUAAACUCAUUGCGUUGAAAAAUACAAAAAUCUCUUGUCAGUUUGUUUGCGAAGGGGUUUUCGAUAAAGAAGUGUUAGAAAGGGUGGAGAGAGAAAUUCAAGAGCGUUUGUUCUUUACUAACAGAAAUAAAUAUGAUCAACCGAUCUGGUAUAAUAAGGCAAGAAACGCUGUCGGUUCCAAUUCGGUGCAGCAAAUCAUGCACGAUCACUGUAAGAAUAAUGACGCAUAUUCCGGUGGUACUCCUUUCGAACUGCCUUUUAUCGUCAGCAAAAUUUAUGAAAAACUGAGGCCAGAAGUCUAUGACCUGCAUACCAAAAACCAUUUAUUAUAUUCUAAUUUCACUCCUUUGUCAUUGACUGUAUUGGAUAGUGAUAAAGACGUAUACAGAAUAAAUUUGAGAAAAGCAGAUUCCUCCAAAUCUAAUAUAGUGCAAACUAAACUAUUACGGAAUUACCUUCAACGGCACAAAGACGAAAUGGUAAAUGGUGAUCUUAUUUUCAAUCACACUUCUAUUUUUGAAAAAUUCUUAGAUCACGCAUCAACCAAAAAAAGAAAGCUCAACAUCGAAGGUUUAGACAAAACUAUAUUUACCAGAGAAUAUCUAGAGUUGUCUCCAUCGGACUUUCACUUCGAUGCGAAAAUGAAAAUCACUGAAUUAGAGAGUAAGUUGAGAUCUGAAGGCCUGUCAUCGCAUGAUACCCACUAUUUGCAAAGCUUAAAAACUUCCAUAACGACUGCUCCCGCGUUACAGAAAAAGUACUUUGCAGAGGCCAGUGACGUUAUAGAUGCGACAGCUGAGGGUCACCAUAGAGACAGAAGAUUCUUUUCAAUUGGUCAUAAUAUCCUUGAUGAUCCUCAGGAAUUCGAAGCAAGAUUGACUUCCCUGAUUAGAACGUUUCAGAAAUUUAUUAAGGCUAAUGGAUUAAUAUCGUGGCUAUCACAUGGCACCUUGUACGGAUAUUUGUAUGAUGGGUUGAAGUUUCCUUGGGAUGGGGAUCACGAUUUACAAAUGCCCAUCAAGCAUUUACAUUAUUUAAGUCAAUAUUUCAACCAAUCUUUAAUAUUGGAAGAUCCAAGAGAAGGUAAUGGAAGGUACCUGCUAGAUGUAGGAAGUGCAAUUACUGUAAGAGUUCAAGGGAACGGUGAGAAUAAUAUCGAUGCUCGUUUCAUCGACAUUGAUUCAGGCAUGUACAUUGACAUCACUGGGCUUAGCGUUAGUUCUGACGCGGCCAAGCAGUAUAUGUCCAAAUUUGUGGAAGAAGAGGAAAGCUCUGAUAAAAGUUUUUCCACUCUUAUCAAAGACUACAAAUUCAAUGAGAACGACCAUUUUGACGAAGUUGACGGUAGAGUAGGUUUGGCUAAAUAUAGCAUUUUCGAAUUGAAGGAAUGGGUUAAUUCUCAUCCGGACGACUUUACGGAUGCAGAAAAGAAGCAAGUAACCAACACCUAUAAGAAAGAGCUUGAUAUUUCGAGAAGCGACAGUGCUGAAAAAGAUUUAUCCCCAAAAGAAAGGUAUUUGUUGAAUGAAAAAUACAACCUUUACAAUUGUAGGAACCAGCAUUUUUCCAGUCUUAACAUCUUAUCGCCAUUGAGAAAUACAAUGUUCAGUGGCGUAUCUGCAUUCAUUCCUAAUAGGCCUAUAACAUCAUUGAACAAUGAAUACAAAGUUCCUCCAAGAUAUGGGUUUUUGACGUUUCAAGGAAAAGUGUAUUUACCGGAAUUCAGAUACUGGUUUUCAUUUUUUGACGUAAAAAAGUUUGCGAAUUUGCAGUCGAGGGAUCCCAAGAUAAUACGGUUGGAAAAUCCUUUAAACAACCUGAAGUUCAGUGAUAUAAACCUACUGCUGACCAACAUGAUAAAGUGUGGUUUUCAUUCUAUAUUCGCCAAUUUAUUCAAUUCUUUCGAAAGCACUGUUUAUAGGCUGAAAGAGCUAGAAAUACAGUAUGAUCUCAGCAUUAGUGAAGAAGAGAAAAAAAAAAUACUCAAGGUCCUAAGAGGAGAAGUAGCCAAGAACAUGAAAUCUCCAGUAAAGGAUCCUGUAAUAUAUACAUAUGAAAAAAAAUUAUGGGAGAGAGUAGAAAAAUUGAUGAAUGCUUCGAACCUUUAUGACAUUGUUUUACAAGUUGAGAAAAGAAAAGUCGAAGAAUUUGUUGAAUUAUCCCGGCAAGUAUAUAAAAGAAAAUAUGAUGGUUUUAGACUUCCCGACGGUGGCAGUGGUGAUGCAGUGACCGAUUUGAAUCAUAUAGGUUUAAACCUCUUCGGUGAUAAUAAGAAAACAUUAAAUGAUAUAUUCGGUUCGGACCAAAAAUAUUGA